AACAUUCAAACUUCCCGGGACUGUGACGCGCGCGUGGGUCUUCCGCCAGUGUCUUUGUGCAGGUUUGACAGAAGCAGCGACAUGUGGAGCCAGAAGAAGCAAAGCCCCCCUCCUGACCAUGGUCAUGCUGUAGCUGUCAUCAUUUUCAUGCUGGGCCUGGGAACGCUGCUGCCCUGGAACUUCUUUGUGACGGCCACUCAGUAUUUUAACGAGCGCCUCUCGGUGAACGUGUCCGCCAUUUCCUGCAAUGGCUCCGCCCCUGUCGUCAUGACUACAGACUACAAGUUUGACAGCUGGAUGGCCUUCCUCUCCCAGCUGCCCCUGCUGCUGUUCACCCUGCUCAACUCCUUCCUGUACCAGUGGGUGAGGGAGUCGGUGCGGGUGGCCUUCAGCAUGGUGGCCAUCUCCUUCUUCUUCUGUCUCACCGCCGCCCUCGUCCAUGUCCCUCUGCACCCGGACAACUUCUUCUCUGUCACCAUGGCAACCAUCUGGUUCAUCAACAUGUUCGGUGCGGUGCUGCAGGGCAGUCUGUUCGGUCUGGUCGGUCUUCUUCCUCCUCGCUACAGCACUGUGUUCAUGAGCGGACAGGGUCUGGCUGGGAUCUUCGCCGCCCUCGCCAUGCUCUUCUCCAUCCUGAGUAACGCAGAUAAGAGCUUGGCUGCUCUGGGAUACUUCAUCACGCCGUGCGUCGCCACGCUGGGAACUCUGCUGUGCUACCUGCUGCUGCCGCGCCUGGAGUUUGCUCGUUUCUACCUGAGCAGAGCCGGAGCCGCCGAGUUGGAGAAACCACAGCAGCUGGACACCUGUGCAGACAAAAAGCCUUUGAACAACAACAGUAAGGACGCCGAGGCGGGCGGCGUGGAGAGCGGCGGCUUCAUCACGCAUCCGACCGACAAAGAGACUCGCUCCUCUGUGCUGUCUGUCUUCAAGAAGAUCUGGCUGAUGGCGCUGUGUGUGACGUGUGUGUUCGCCGUCACGCUCGCCGUGUUUCCCGUGAUCACCGUCCGCGUGCAGAGCGUCUACAAGGGAAACCCCGCCUGGAGUAAAAUCUUCACCUGUGUUUGCUGCUUCAUCGUCUUCAACGUCAUGGACGUGGUCGGCCGCGGCGCUCCAUCCCUCGUCCAGUGGCCGUCCAUGCGGAGCCGUCUCUUCCCGCUCGCCGUGUUUUCCCGCCUGGUUUUCAUUCCUCUGCUCAUGAUGUGCAACAUCCCCGACUCCCGCUUCGCCUUCUUCACCCACGAUGCCGCCUUCGUCACCAUCAUGGCUGCCUUCUCCUUCUCCAACGGAUACCUGGCCAGCCUCUGCAUGGCCUACGCUCCGCAGCUGGUGAGGAGUAAAGACGCUGAGACUGCCGGCUCUCUCAUGACGUUCUUCCUGGCUCUGGGUUUGUCUCUGGGAGCGGCCAUGUCCUUCCUGCUGGCCAAACUGGUGUAGCCCCCCCGGCCCAGCCCCGCCCCACCGUGCUCCGCCCAGUCCCGCUCCGAUGUUUCUACCAGGUGUUUUUUACUGCUCAGCUUCAUCAGAAAACCACAGGAAACUGCACUGAUCUGAUUAUGACAAAUGCACAAAUUUCAGGUGGAACACAAAAUAUGAAAAACACAAAAUACAUUUUCCUGUUUGAUUCUAAUGAAACAAGUAGCAAAAAAACUAAACGUAAGUUAAAAAAAAAAAAAAAAAACUUGGGCAUUUAUACAGCAGUUUUGAAAAAAAAAAAAACGCUUUUUCAUUUGUUCAUUUUUUUAAUGAAUUGUUUACAGUAAAAAAAAAAAAAAAAGUUUCUUCCACUUGAGUCAAAGCAGUUUAGUUCUGGCUCCACGACACCUCCAUCAGGGCUUUUAUUGUCUAAAAAACAUUGCGGAUGUGGCAAAAAUGUACAAUUUCUUGAAUUUUUGUUCAUGUAAAAAAACCUUAGAACAGAAACGACAUCAGCAGCUGAAGAGGCAGCAGGUCCAGUUUUACUGCCUUUUCUAUCAGAAACGAACAGGGAGUUUUACAUUUAACCCUAUAAAGCCUGAACUAUGAAAGAAUUGGCAGAAAAUUCCAAUUUUUUGAAAUUGAACCCUUU